UAUCAACGCCAAAGAUUGCCUUUUUCCUUGUACAUUGUGGGUUGAGGUCACAGUAUUUUUCACUUUGUCCACUACCUUUCCGCCUUCUAUCUCAUUAUUCAACACACUGUAAGGGCUUCAAGAUUCGCAAAUCAUUUGCCCUAAAUCUCCAGUCCAAAACACCAAAUUCGGACCGCCGGUCAACCAACAACAAUGUCGGACAUCCCAUUGGAAGUCGUCGCCGACUUUUUAUCCCGAGUCCCGGCAAUGUCUCUGCUACGAUUCAGGUGCGUAUCAAAACAAUGGCGCUCGAUUAUCGACAGUCCAGAAUUCAUCAAAAUGCAUCUGAACCGGACGCUCCAUACGAAAUCUGACCGUAAGCUCAUCCUCCGCUCCUGUUAUCUGUACUCAGCGGACUUCGAUGGACUGGAUAACACUAACGUGGCCCAUUACGUGAAAGUUGAGCAUCCAUGGAAGCGCCCUGAAAUAGGAACUCUGAUUGUCGGGUCUUGUCACGGAAUACUCUGUUUGGACGGUGGGGUUGAAGAUAAAAGUAUUCUACUCUGGAACCCUACAACCAGGAAACAUUUCAAAUUACCUCCCUCAAAGUUUGAACGUUCUAUGGAAUCUUUCCGUAAGAGGACAAUGGUUUUCGGCUUCGGGUACGAUAAAGCUAGCGAGGAUUAUAAGGUAUUGAGAAUACUACAGUCUUAUUACAUGGACAGUGAAGUGAAAGUGUUUAGUAUGAAAUCUAAAUCUUGGAGGAAAAUUGCUAAUUUUCCUUACUAUCUGAAAUAUCAAAGUGCCCCUGGAGUGUUGGUAUCAGGCUCUUUGCAUUGGGUUGUAACAAAAGACCCUGACACGUUCAUGGUUAAUUUGAUUGGUGCUUUUGAUCUUGAGACUGAAGAGUACAGGUUGGUUCCUCAACCGGACUACCCUAAAAAGAAGAGCAAAAAUUUUCAUUUGAAUGUGGUGGCUUUGGAUGGAUCACUUUGUGGCUUAUGCAAUUAUUAUGACCACGAGUACGUUGAUGUUUGGGUGAUGAAGAAAUAUCUGGUGAAUGAGUCAUGGACUAAGUUGUUUAAGGUUGCAGAAUCAGAUACCCGUAUCAAGCCUUUUCAUUAUGUUAUGCCUAUAGCAUAUUCCUGGAGUGGCAGGAGGGUAUACAUGGUGCAGAAUGACAAAAUGCCCCUUUGGUAUGAUUUGGAAAAGAAAAAAGUUAUUCCUACAAAAUAUCACAUCUCUGACCCUCCUAGUUAUAUGGAGCAUCAAAUGUGUUUUGGAAGUCUGGUUCAACUUGAUGGUGGAAUUAGUGGUAUGGUUGAGAGGGUUCAAGAUACAAAGGAAGAAUUGAUAGGUAGUAGCAAAGGAACCAAAAAAAAUGGAAAUAAUAAUAAGAAAGAUAACUUCCUGUCAGUGGGCUUCAAGCUGGUUCUUUAAUCAACUCAAGCUGUUUGCAAUUAAUGGGUCGGCCACGGACUAGGCUUAAUGGCAAGGAUGGAGCCCGAAGGGUGCAACUAUUUUUUUGGAACCGGUAACUAGGAACACAAUAUUUUAAGGCCUUGACCUUAAGUAGAAAACUAACUAAGAAUGUGGCAAUGUAUGACCAAAAUCUUGAAUACUUGUGAUUUCUUGUUGAGAAUAUUGCCCGAAAUAAAACUAAAACGUUUUGAAAAUUCAAAAUAGGCCUGUCAUGUUUUUAUUCCCAAAAUAGGACUAAUUACUGCCAUGUUUUGGCAGUACCAAAACAUGACAGUAUUUUCUAAACAUGGUAGCAAUUAGUCCUAUUUUGGGAAUAAAAAACAUGACAUUUCUAUUUUGGAAAUUUUCAAACUAUUUUAGUCCUAUUUCGGAAACAUUCUCUUUCUUGUUUCAUGUAGUGUAUAUUUUUAACUCGCCCCUUACAUUCCUCUUAUUGUUUUGUGAAUAAGAAAUCUCUAGUUAUACUUGACAAAUGUGCAUGUCUUCACUCUUCAUGGUCCA